AUGUUAUUUAAACUUUUACUAAUUUCUUUUAUCGCAACAUUGGCGCUCAGUGAUGAAGUCUGUAAAGAACAGUAUACGGAAUGGGAAACGGCUACAGAAUGCACUGAUCAAUGUGGACGAUGUGGGACAAAAAUGAAACGGAGAACGUGCAUGGAUGGAUGUGAAUGCAGCGGUCCAUUCGAGAAAGAAGUCCCCUGUCCAAAGAAACAAUGUGUUCACCCACGGCCACGUUGUUGUCAUGGGUUUAAAUCAACGCUGAACAUGGGUAGAAAGAGGUAUGAAUGUCUUUCCGAAGAAGAAAGAAAAGAAAUGAAUAUUAUUGGGAAAGCAAGUGAACUU